GAGUUGAAUAAGUUGUGUUUACCACUAUAGGUAGUUAAUAGUAGUUAUAUUAGUUAUUAGUUAUUAGUUUAUUGUAUAUUCUGUAUCUUUACAAUAUUUUUAUUUAUUUUUAUUACAAUUAAUACACUUUAACUAAAUUAUAAUUUAUACUUUAUCGUGUUUGUGCCUUAUGCGUCAUAACCGAGAUAAUACCACAGAAUAAAAACAAUACGUUAUGCAGUACACAGGCAAUACCGUACAAUUUUUUCACAAAUUUAUGUCUUAUAUUUUGUAAAUCAUAGUAGUUUACUUAGACUGUUAUCGGAAUUUAGAAUUUAAUCACGUAUAUUAUGCAAUGUGUCAUUUGAUAUCGUAAUUAUAAUUACAAGAAAGUGAAAAAUACUAUAAAUUCAAGUAAAUACUAACAUUGCGGUGUCGAUUGACGGUAUUAACAAUUGUGUUUAAUGUUUAAUAAUAUUAUUUUCAAAAAUUUGAUUUAAUAUAGUAAAAUAUACAAUAUACUGUUUAACUACCUAUAACAGUAUCUAAAAUUAUGUAUGAAACAUGUCGCCCAUCUGGCCAUUUAGUCUGUCAUUUAGCAUAGGUUGAACAAUUAAUUUGAUGGUGAUAUGAAUAUAUAUUUGUAAAUUAUAGCAUUUUCAUAGACAUUGUCAUAAUUCAUUACAGAAAUUGUCAUGGAUCUAAAUCAGUCCCAAAACGUCUACUAUGAUUAUUUAUACACAAUCAAUCCGAUUGCAGAACGCAUACGCAAGGAUGUGGAUGCUACUAAGGAUGCGUAUCAAUCUUUAUGGCUUGAGCUAACUGUUGACGAACAAAACAAAAUACUGGAAGAAUCAAUUAUCAGUCCGGAAACUGUAUUGAAAUAUUCAAAAUACAAAAAAUCAGAUAAAAAAAUUUCUGAAAGUGGCUUUUCUUGGUUUACACGGAGUCAGUUGGAUUUGUGCAAACAUAUCGAUAGUGUUCGAGAGAACUUCUCUGCAAAUGAGUGUAAAGCUACAGUUGUAAAACGAAUAGUAACUAAAGAACCACAAGACAACAAACUCAUUAGUAAAAUUAAAUCUAAUGCUCUCUUCAAAUCGCUAAUGCCAACUGAAGACAAAAACAAAGCUGUAAAAAGUGAUAAGACAAAGCCUAAAGGCCCUCCUCCACCGCCACCACCACCACAAGUCAUAAAUCCUAAACAAACAAUUCAAGAUUCUACAUAUAAUAUUCUUAAUAAUGAUGAUGAUGAUGAUGACAUUCCAAAGACAGGAUUUGAUUUUUUAGAUAAUUGGUAAUAAUUUACUAUAUGUGUGGCCAUAAUACAACAAAUAUAAAAUUGGUUUGCCAACAAGUUUCAUAAUUAAAAAUGUUAUAGAAUUUUAAAAAUGUUUGAUUUGAAAUGAUGAAGUAUUGGAUGGAGUAGCUUUAUGUAUCUAAAUAAUUCUAUAUUUUAAUAAUUAAUAAUUUCAAAACAAUUUAUUAAUUUUUUUAUGAACUUCCUAAAUUACAUAAGUAUCAUCUAGAAUCAGAAUUAAAUAUUAAUAAAGUUAUAAUUUUAUACAACUAAUUUUAAAUUUGUAUAAUCUAUAUAAGACUUAAUGUUAUUAAAUACCAAAAAUACUCU